GCGAUGGUGGCAGUGCUGCCUCCGGAGCCUGGGUGCUGCUGGCUCCAACAACUCUCUUAGACAAAGGGUGUUUGUUCGGGAGCGCGGCUCUGCUCAUGUGAUGCCGGCUGACCGCUGCCUCGUGGUGGCCCAGCUCUACUGCGCCCAGUCGGGUGCCGAGCUAGUGACAUCGGGACCUGCUGUCCCUGGGGUUGGGGGUGCUGGAGAUACCUGGGCAGACUGAGGGGCCUGGCUGCCAGGACACUGGGUGCUAGUGCAGGUGAGUGACUGCUGCACUUGUUUUUAUUGGAAAAGCAGCUGGAGCAGCAUGGGCACAAUGGUGGUGACAUGGCACACUUGGGGACAUGCUGUGCCACCGGGAUACACCCAUAUGGGGAUGUGCCAUGCCUGGCGCCAUGGCAUACAUGGUGCUGGGGACAGGGACAUGCUGUGCCAGGUGCCACUUGCCCCAUUGUCACUGUCUGGCAGGGAUCCUGUGGCACAGUAGGUCCUGCCAUGUCCCAUCCUGGACCAAGGCCAGGGCAGGGAUGCACGAUGGGUUGUGCCCAGGAUGGAAUCCUGGCAAGCCAUGUGUCACUGUGUGUGGAGUAUCCCCACCACCCCAGGCUGCUGAGGCAUGGUUGUGCUGUGUGUGCCCAUGUCCCCAGAACACUCUGUCACUCAGUCCCCUGUCCCCAGUGAACUUUGUGGACUGUGGCGAGUCGCGCCGUGCCGCCUUUGUCCCGGAUGACACGCGCUUCAAGGUGAGCAGGAAUGGCAUUGUCUCUGCCACCCGGCCCCUGCGGCUCCAGCAGCGGGAGAUCACCUUUGCUGUGCACACCUGGGAUGCCACAGGCAAGAAGCAUUCAGCCAAAGUGACCCUGCACCGGCGGUCACACCAGCACCGACACCAUGAGCGGACGCAGCAGGAGACAGUACCUGAGGUGCUGACCUUCCCGGAGCAUGGACACGGCCUCCGGCGGCAGAAGAGGGACUGGGUCAUCCCCCCCAUCAACUGCCCUGAGAAUGAGCGAGGGCCUUUCCCCAAGCCGUUGGUGCAGAUCAAAUCCAACAAGGACAAGGAGACAAAGGUUUUCUACAGCAUCACGGGGCAGGGAGCAGAUAGCAUCCCUGUGGGUGUCUUCAUCAUCGAGCGGGAGACAGGGUGGCUGAAGGUGACACAACCCUUGGACCGGGAGAAGAUGGAUAAAUACGUGCUCUACUCCCACGCCGUGUCAGCCAACGGGCAGCCCGUGGAAGACCCCAUGGAGAUCAUCAUCACCGUCACUGACCAGAACGACAACCGGCCCGUCUUCACCCAGCAAGUCUUUGUUGGUUACAUUGAGGAGAACGCAAAGCCAGGCACAUCUGUGAUGACCGUGAACGCUACGGACGCAGAUGAUGCGAUUAAUGUGAACAAUGGCAUCAUUGGCUACUCCAUCCUCAGCGAGGAGCCCAAGGGUCCACAGCGGAUGUUCACCAUCAAUGCUGAGAAGGGCAUCAUCAGUGUCAUUGGCACAGGACUGGACCGGGAGACCACUCCCAACUACACGCUGAUCAUCCAGGCUGCAGACCAGGAGGGCACUGGCCUGACCAACACCGCCACUGCCAUCAUCAAAGUCACUGAUGCCAAUGACAACCCUCCUGUCUUCGACCCCACCAUGUAUGAGGUCUCAGUGGAUGAGAACGAGGUGGGGGUGCUGGUGACCCGGCUGUAUGUGACAGACCAGGACCUGCCAGGCUCCCCGGCCUGGAACGCCGUCUACCGCAUCCAGAGCGGGGACCCGCAGGGCAACUUUGAGGUCACCACUGACCCCAAAACUAAUGAUGGGAUCCUGAAAACUGCCAAGGGCCUGGAUUAUGAGACCCAGAAACGGUACACGCUGGUGGUGUCAGUGCAGAACGAGGUUCCCUUCACUGUGCCCCUGAUUCCUGCCACAGCCACUGUCCUGGUGGUGGUCAGGGACGUGAAUGAAGCCCCCAUCUUCAUACCUGCGGUGAAGCGGGUGGAGGUGAUGGAGGAUGUGCCAGUGGGAUAUCACAUCACCUCCUACACAGCCCAGGACCCCGACAAGGAGCAGAGCCAGAAAAUCACGUAUCGCAUGGGCAGUGACCCUGCGGGGUGGCUGGCCAUUGACCCUGAGAACGGCAUCGUCACGGCAGCCCAGCCCCUGGACCGGGAGUCGGCACACGCCAUCAACAGCACCUACAAGGCCAUUGUCCUGGCCGUGGACAACGGGUCACCAAACCAUGCCACCGGCACGGGGACGCUGCUCGUCAGGCUUCAGGAUGUGAAUGACAACGGGCCUGUGCCAGAGCCCCGGAGCUUCGACAUCUGCAACCAGCAGCCCGAGCCGCAGACACUGACCAUCAUCGACCUGGACCUGCCUCCCAACACCCACCCCUUCAAAGCAGAGCUGAUGCAUGGCUCCAGCAGCAACUGGACUGCCAGGGUGAAAGAUCCAGACAUGGUGACGCUGAGUAUGAGCAAGGAGCUGGAGCCGGGCGAGUACAACAUCUUCCUGAAGCUGAUAGAUGGGCAGGGCAAGGACCAGAUCACACAGGUGCGAGCCCAGGUCUGCAGCUGCGAGGGGCCAGCCAAGAACUGCGAGCGACGAGCGUACAUCUCUGGUGGCAUGGGCGUGCCCGCUAUCCUGGGCAUCCUGGGGGGCAUCCUGGCACUGCUCAUCCUCCUGCUGCUGCUGCUGCUCUUUGUGAAGAGGAGGAAAGUAGUGAAGGAACCACUGCUCCCACCUGAGGAUGACAUGAGGGACAAUGUGUACCACUAUGACGAGGAGGGUGGUGGCGAGGAGGACCAGGAUUAUGACCUGAGCCAGCUGCACCGGGGGCUGGACGCCCGGCCCGAGGUGAUCCGCAAUGAUGUGGCCCCCCCGCUCAUGGCAGCCCCUCAGUACCGGCCCCGCCCCGCCAACCCUGAUGAGAUCGGGAACUUCAUUGACGAGAACCUGAAGGCGGCCGACACGGACCCCACAGCCCCUCCCUACGACUCGCUGCUGGUGUUCGACUACGAGGGCAGCGGCUCGGAGGCCACCUCGCUCAGCUCCCUCAACUCCUCUGCCUCCGACGGCGACCAGGACUACGACUACCUCAACGAUUGGGGCGGCCGCUUCCGCAAGCUGGCCGAGCUCUACGGCGGCGGCGAGGAGGAUGAUUAGGGACCCCCAGCCGCUGCUGCCACCUCAUUUCACCCCUCUGGACUCACGUCGGUUUAUGUCCGGGGUGGCCAAACCCCCUCCCAACACCUCCUGAACCCUGUGCCCAUGUCUCCCUCACUGAGAAAAGCUCAGGCUCGCUGGGGAUGGGGGUGUUUUGCGGUAGUCUGGGUGUUUCCUGGCCCCCUUGGCUCCACGGCAUGGAACACUCUAGUCCAUUCUCAGUUCUGGAACUGAGGUGCUCCCAGCUGUGGGGGGCUGGAUCAGGUCCUUCUUCCCUUUUCCAUGGGGAGAAAAAGGGUUUCUCUGGCGCUCUCCACAAUACCUCAUGUUCCCAGCCCCACACAGGCUCUGAUCGUGAACCUAGUGCUGGAGAAGUGUGAUGAGGUACCCGAUCAACACAGACCAAAGAUGCACCAUCACACAGAUUUGUAUUUACUACAGUAUGUACAGCCAGAUUUCUAUUUUUCUGUAUCCCAGAUAAUGGUUUGAUUUCUUCUUAUGUUGUGCCAGCUGUAAUUAGCGUGCAGUCAUUGAAAGGUGCUUUCCAGAAUCAAAGGGCUUUCCCAAAAUCCUCACCACCUCUGUAGUUAGCUGUCAUGGUUUGUAUUUUUUAUCAUGGGAAAAGGGUCUGAUGCGAGCUGUGAAACUAGUGGCAGCUGAGUGUUGAUUACAUGGUUUUUAUAUAAAAUUAAAAUAAUAAAUUGUUUUAAGAAAACCAAACCACUUUUCUGUGUGUGAGGCUCUGCCGGUGCUCGAAGGUUUUACCUGUUGGACAAGUGUGGCCAUGGCCCCCCUCCACAGGGCAAGUGGGCAGUCAGAAUCAUGGAAAGGUUUGAGUUGGAAGAGACUUUUAAGGAUCAUCCAACUGCCCUGGGACACCUUCCACUGUCCCAGGCUGCUCCAGGCCCCACCCAACCCGACCUUGGGCACUCCCAGGGAUGGGGCAGCCACAGCUUUUCUGGGCAAGUGCCAUGGCCUCAUCACUCUCAAAUGAGAAGGAUUCCUUCCCAGCAGCGCAUCCGACGCUGCCCAGCGGCAGUGAGCAGCCAUUUCCCCUCACCCGAA